AUGGGGGGCCCUACAAGGCUCCCCUUGCGCAUGAAGGCCCCCCUAGUGGGUCGAUGCACCCCCUUUUGGUGCGCCAAGCCGCCAUUCCGAAACCUGGUCGAUCGCUGCUGGCGAACAAGAUAUGGACCCGAGGAGAGGAGGCUGCGGUGCAGGGUGGCGCGCUGCUUGGCGUCAUCGUCGGAAGUUGGGAUUGAAGUGGGGAGGUCGGAAGGCAGGCAGGCGGUGGAGCGGAAUGGACAGCCUGUGUGGGAAAAUGAGUGGGCGUUUCGUUGUGCUCGGAUCGCCGGGAGCAUGUUCCUCUCCUGCUGCUUGUUGGCGGCGCUCCACUGCACCGCUGUGCCUUCGGGACGGUUCGCGUCCCUGGCGGCACAUGGCACGGCGAGGAUGACGUCCGCAGGAGUGAGAGAAGCAGUGAGGGGAGGUUGGGCAGGCCUCUGGGCUGGUACUCUGCAUACCCUUUGUGGACCCGACCAUCUAGCGGGUCUCACUCCUUUGACGCUUGGCAAGAGUCAGUCCAUCGCGGCAGCCUUGGGCGCCCUGUGGGGUUUUGGGCACUCAACAGGGCAGCUGCUCUUGGGGUUGGCUUUUAUAUUUCUGAAAGAGCGGUUUCAGGGCAUAGUCCCUGUGCUGUCCAAGUGGUCAGGAGCCAUUGUGGGCUGCACUCUGAUUGCCAUUGGUCUAGUGGGCUUGUAUGAGAGUAUGCAAGUGGAGGAGCACGUGGAUGUGCCAGGAGGGUCUGCGUUAGUGGCUGGCUUGGAUGGGCAGGGGAGCACUGAUGGUGCAAUGGCAAAACGCAGAGGCUUAGGCACUUAUAUGAUGGGCUUUGUGUAUGGUCUCCAUCCCGAUGCCCUAUUUGUGGUGCUACCAGCCUUGGCUCUACCUACUAGACUAGGAGCCUUCAUGUAUAUUGGCAUGUUUGUGUUCGGGACUGUCAUGGCAAUGGGAGGAUACAGUCUUGCUAUAGGAACUGCCUCUGAGGCUGCAGCAAAGGAGAGGCCCCUGCUGCUGCGCCAUCUGUCAACAAUUGCUGCGGGCCUGGCGAUCUUAGUUGGCAUUGUGGCGUUGCUGACGGGCUUCGGGUUCGAGCUGCCUGGUUGA